AUGGGCGAGGUGGAGAAGCACAUGGCUGGCAUGGAUGGAGGAUUUCGCCCAGAUGACGAACAUCAACAAGAAGACACACCCACACCCAAUGUCAGCCAUGGGAUUCAGGUCUUCAUCCCUGUAGCAGCAGACGUGGGCAGUGCUACAAGCCAGGGAACACACACGCACUCACGCCCAUCCAAAGGCCAGGAACGCGUGCAGACCACGGGCAUUCUCACACCCACCCUCGAGCCCCUUCUCACACGCAAGCUGGCCUUCACACUCCCUGGCCCUGGGCCGCGGCGUCCUCGCGCGGACCCUCCCCGAUCGUGUCACCUGGGGCCCCGAUUCCUAGCACGACCCGGCUGGGGGCCUCCGCCCGGGCCAGGCCGUGGGGCCGCAGCGAGGCCUCUCCGCCAUCUUCCCGGCCCGCGCCGCCCACCGCCCGCGCUCUCACCAGCGGGCCCUGCUCCCGGGGCGCCGCCACAGCCCCUCAUCACCGACCGCACGCUGCGCCCCAGCUCCCGGCGGCUCCCGGCCGCCGUUGCCGCCGCAGCCAGCGCUCCUCGUCCUGGGUCUCUGCCGCUGGUCCAGUGCGCUGCGGCCGCGCGUCCCCCGUCACCAAGCGCAACCCCCCGCCUCCGACUCCGCCCCCGCGAAGAAGCUGGCACCGCCAGGGGGCGCCGCCCGCGAGGCUGCAAUGCGCCUGCGCCACCCCGCGCAGCCCCUCGGGAACCAAGGGUGAGCCUGGCCUCUGUCGGAGGCCCCGCCCCCGGUGCCGCACUAGCCGACCGUUUUGCUCUCACCUGUACCCGCCCACUUCUGGCAGUCUGGGUCACCUCAGGUGUGUCCUGA